AAUGCCGAGGAAAAGAAAAAUCAAAACGGUCACUAAAGGCGCCAAUUCUCCAAACCGACCGGAAACCUUCAACCAACAGACCAACAUGGUCAAUUCAGUGACAUUCGAACAGAGAUUGAAUGAUCAAAGAAGAAUGUUUGAAGAAAAAUUGGAAGAAUCGAACACACAGAAUAGAGCUGCGAUGGAAGCAAGAAUGGACCAACUCGUCCAACUGGUCAACUCUAUCAAGUACAAUUUAUCCAAUAAAAUUCCGUCGAAUUCUGGAGAUGCUCUAGGAAUGGAACAUUUUCCAACGGCUGAAGAACAAAAUGGCGGGAGUCCGCAGGUUCGAAAUAUAUCGAACCCAACUCGGGAAGCCAAAAGUUCUUCAAAACAAGUUGAUCCUAGAAUUGAAAACUUAAAGCAUAAAAAGGUCACACCAUCAGAAGUACUCUGCAGUUCCAAUUACCAAGAUUUCCUCAUGAACGUCAUUGUUCCUUUACUAGAAGCCGAUAUUUCCGAAUCAGAAAAAUGA